UACGUUUCAAUGAGCUAGUUGCAUGCCAUUUAAGUGAUGUUUUAUAGUUUAUUUAUUAUAAUAAAAAAUGUAAAGAUUACAUAAACGGAUUUUGAACAAAUAAAAUAUUUUGUUUAACGUAAAUUCCCCAACCCCUAUGUGAUUUGUUGAUUUCUCCCUCAAACACAAAUUUUUCGGGAAACUCUUAUCCACCCAUUGCCACCCGCCAAUCCACCACCAGACAAGUUGAAGUUGGUCGUCUUCGUUGUUUACCCUCAAACACUGAAUAUGGGAUAUGCAGUUACAAAAGGUUAACAAUGGUUUUGAAUUUUGAUGAGGUGAGCACUAAAUUGCUAUGUUGUGUUUGUGUAGCUUGCUUAAAUCCGAAUGAUGGGUUUGUUUGACUUUGACAAGGAAAAACUAUUAAAGCUUGCUACCUUUUAUCCUAAGGAAUUCUCUAAGUAUGAUAUCUUACAUCUUGAUACUCAACUAGAAAGUUACAUCUUUGAUGUGAAGUUCACUAAAUUAAAGAAAAAUCUAUGAGCUUUCUGGAGAAAUGGUUGUGUCGAAGAAGUUCUGGCUGUUUUAGUGUGUCGGCUUGUGAAGUUCGCUUUGUUGCUACCAGUAGCUACAUCAAGUGUGAAAGAGUAUUUUUUUUUUUUUGCAAUGAAAUAUGUGAAGAACACAUUGCAAAGUCGAAUGAGUGAUGAAGUGUUGAAUGAUUUUUGGUAGGAUAUGUCGGGAGUAAAAUUCUAGAUUGUUUGGAUAAUGAAUGUGUUUGAGCCUAAUGGACAGGGGUUGUUUGGGUCAAAGGGGGUUUGGGGUGAUAGACAUGACUCCGAGAGUGGAGGCGCCUCCCACUCUUAGCUAGAACACGAGUAAAAAGACUAGAGAGAAAAGUAGAGAGAAGUUGUAGUAAAAGUAGUUAGUUUGCCAUUCAUGAGGAGAACACUCCUAUUUGUACAAGUCUGGAUGUUAUGUGUGUGGUUCAUGCAUCUCAAACUCUUUGUCACUGUACAUUGUACUUCUGGUCAGAAGGCGUUUGAUGGUGCAGAGGGACCCCCCCCCCCCCCCCCCCCCCCCGACCUCUUCCUUGCUGACGUCAGGUGUACCAACUUGUCUCUUAACCUUGUCUUAUUCCUCCGAUGAUGUAAGGCUCUAGGGUUUUGCCCCUAUAUCUUGGCUUCUUUUGGACUCUUCUUGUGGACCCUCUCCAAGUAUUAGGCUUUACCUUCAUACCCUAUCAAAUUCCCCUUUGGCGUCGGUAUGAGUAUCAUGGCGGCGUCAACAUAAAGAGAGUCUUUUGCUAACCUUGCUUUCUCGUCGUCUCGAUUGAGGGCCAGUUCUCUUUCUUUACUUAAUCGGCACCAGGCUCUUCCUUUCAAGUGCCUGCUCCAUUCACUUAUCGAUCUUUUGAUCUAUUGAGCGUUUGUGCACCCUCGUGGGUGUUCUUUCUUCCAAUGAAGAUGUACUAAAAUGAGAGAAGAAGUGCAUGUCUCAAGUAACGAAGACUAGUAAAAGAAAGUAGCUUCACAGAUUUUGCAACCUACUAGUAAUAAGAAGCAAUCAUGCCCCUUUUAUCAAGCGCUUAGUGCUUGCAUUCUUCCUUUCGUCAUAAAUGAUUUCUUGAGUGCUUGCUCAUGCAUUUUAGAGGAUGCGCCUAGGCUCGUGUUAGGAGCUCCUAGGCUGUGCCGAUACGAUCUUCUUCCAAAUCAGUUGAGCGUUUUAUCUCAUGUUAGAGGAUUCAAUCAAAUGAAAUUGAAAUAAACUUGUCAGUUUGCCUUUGAACACUCUGUGCCUUGCCAAUUUGAAACGAGGGCGUAGCACUCUUUCCCCAUGUUCUUCUUUUCUCCAAAUGACGCACCCUGUUAUUCCCAUGCUUUCCAUUCAUUGUUCGAGCUCUUCCAUUUUUCUUUGCUUUGGUUUUCUGGAGUGCAUAGGUGCUUCAACGAGGCGCCUGGCAACUCGCUCCUUUGCUAAGGUGCCUGACCAUUAGUAUGGCGCAUGUCACCUCACUCAUUCAGCGAGGUGCCUGACCUUCAGUGGGGUGCUUCUUUAGUGGGACGCCUGGUGCUUCACUCCUCUGCUUGUGUCUUAUGCUACUUACUUCCAACCUUACUCAUGUAGGUAUGCUAAAAAUUGUUUUGGUUUACUUGAGCGCAUAAGCGCUUCAUCGAGGCGCCUGGAGACUCGCUUCUUUGCCCAGAUGUCGGUCCUUGAGUAAGGCGUCUGGCGCCUCCCUCCUUCAGCGAGGUGCCUGAACUUUUAGUGGGGUACCUGGUGCCUCACUCCUUUGUUUGUGUCUGAUGCUAAUUACUUUCAAACUUAAUCAUAUAGGUCUGCCAUUACUUGCUUUGGUUUACUUGAGCGCAUAGGUGCUUCACCGAGGGGCCUGACCCCUCGCUCCUUUGCCGAGGUGUCCGACCUUCAGUGGGAUGCCUGACAUCUCACUCCUUCGGCGAGGUGCCUGACCUUUAGUUGGGUGACUCGCUCUUUUCCCAAGGUGUCCAACCUUCAGUAGGGAACCUGGAGCCUCACUCAUUCAGCGAGGUGUUUGACCUUCAGUGAGAGGCCUGACGUCCCACUCCUUUACUUGUGUAUGAUGCUCAUGAAAUCCAACCUCGCUCCUUCGCCUGUGUAUGGCGCUAAUGACUUCUGACCUCACCUUUAGUAUGGUGCCUGAUUCUUUAGCGAGUUCCUUUUAAGAUCAUUUUUUCUCUUUAUAGUCGGCGAUUUCCCUUUUAUGAAUCACCGAUCUUUGAGUAUUUCCCUCUUUGUCACGUUUCCAUUUUGUUAGACAGGCGCUUGUUCCAAUUGUUACUCUCUUCACUUUUCUCUAUUAUGCGACUCAUUCAAUCUCGUCCAGUCUCUUCCAUCUUCUUUGGUCACUGCAUACACUCCUUAUCGUUGAUUUCCCAUUGUCAGACUUGUUUUAGAUGAUGGGAGAAUGGGUGACCUUCCGAUCACCCCUUGUCAGACUUUCACAAUGUCAAGCGCUUCCUCCAUGUGUCGAUCUUGAGAGCGCCUUAUCAUUUUAUGGUUCUUCUUUUCUUGCCGAGGUAUGGUAUCCUGGGAGCUUGUUUUAGAGCGCUUGCACUCUUCUUUUCCUUUCCAUCAAUAGAGUGCCGAGGCGAAUUGUCGUUGGUUGGUCGCUACUAACUCUCUGGUUGAGUACCUAGGCUAUUUCUUUUCUUUGUAAUGUAUGACAUUCCUUUUUGCAAGUAUCAAUACACGAUUCAAGGUGCUUGGCACCUCCGACGAUGAGGUUGAUGGACCCUGCUCCCAUGAAGUGGAUGCACCACCUACUAGUGAUGGCGUGAACUACUUGUCUAGGUUUCUCCUCGACAGGGUAAGCUAGGGGUGGGCAUUCGGUCGGUUCGGUUUCGACCAAACCGAAAUUAUGAAUACCGGGUCCCGAAUUCUCCCAAACCUCAAACCGAAUUCGAACCGAAUUAUAAUUCGGUUCGGUCGGUUUAAACCGAACUAUAAUUCGGUUCGGUUCAGUUUUUCACAAAACCGAAUUUGUGAAGCUACUUGUAUUUUCUCACUUUUAAAUUAUUUUUCACCCCUAAUAUAAACAAUAAAUAUCAAUUAUAUGCAUCAUCAAUGAUAAAACCAAACUUGUCAACAUAUAAGUCAUAAAACAUUUCAAAUAUUGAAGUCUAAAAACAACGGGAUUUUUCCAAUAAUAGCACCUUUAAAAUUUUUUUACAAAAAUAGCACCCAUAUAAAAAAAAUUACAAAACUAGCACCAAUUUUUUUGGAACGCACCCCUAAGAUGCGUUUUACAGGUAAAACGCACCGUAAAGAUGCGAUCUACAUAUAAAACGCAUCAGAGGGGUGCAAUCCAUAUAACAAAUCGCAAUACGUCAGUGCGAUUUAGUGCUGCUGCGGAACGAUCUUCAAGAUCGUUGGAUGGAGGGACGAUCGGGUGGCUCAGCGCAUGCCAGCGGAGUGAUCCGCGCCGAGGAUUCCAGAUCGCUUGCCAGCGGAGCAAUCCACGCCCAAGGAAGCACAAAUCGCAUCGGAAGGGAGCAAUCCGCGCCUAGGGAAACGCAAAUCGCAUUGGAAGAGUGCGAUCCGCGCGAAGGCAAAAUUACCCAAUCGCCCCUGGAGGGUGCGAUCUGAUGGGUAUAAAUACCCCCUUCCCCUCUCAUUUCUUCACACCACAACCCAUUCUUCCUUCUCUCUCUACAAUUUAUCUCUCUAAACCCUCCCCCUCCCAAAAGCCUAGGAAAUAGUGGUCUGUUGGUUGCAGCUAAGUCCGAUCUGCCAUUAGAAAACAUUUCUUAGGUUUUUUCCUCAAAACCCGCCGAGCCGAGCCGAAGCUCUGUCCGAAUUGCACCGAAAAAAUGGUCGAUUGGUGGCAAGGAGAAGGAGUUUAUGUUGAUGAAUUUGAAGCGGUACGUACUCAUUAUUCUGGUUUAAUUUUUGUUGUUGUUAUAAGCUUUUUAAUUAAUCUAUGUACUAACCUUGUUGUUAUUUUCUCGUAGGUUGGGGAGGACGUGGAUAUUUACAACCAACGGUAUUAUCUCGAGCAAGGACCGUUGGAUCCAACCGAGUUGUACGACCAACCCAACCAUCGGUCAAGGGAUGUUUGGAACGCUCACCCGGUACAUACAAUUCUUUACCAUUUGUCCUUCUUUUAUUUUGUUAAUGUAUUUAGUGGAAUAUAAAAUAAAUUUAUGA